AUGGGAGGAACUUCCAACUACAACGACAAUAUGGAUACUUGUGGGUCAAUCGGACGCAUGGGACCACUUGCGAAACUCCUAAACGGAACCAUCAUUCUACGUUUCGACCAUGAAAAGGAACAACCAUUACGCGAUCCUGCUACUGGAUUUUGCGUCGAGGCUGACUAUGAUGAACCCGGCGAGUUUUGCGUUGAGGUUGAUCCAGCAAAGGGACGAGUGUUUGCUGGCUACUAUGCCAACGACGAAGGAACAAACAAGAAGCUGAUCAGGAAUUGUUUCAAGACGGGUGAUGUGUUUUACAGGACUGGUGACUUGAUACGAGCAAACAGACACGGCUGGUGCUUCUUUUCUGAUCGCAUUGGAGACACGUUCCGGUGGAAGGGCGAGAAUGUGGCUACAAAUGAAGUAGGAGAUGCCGUAAACCUCUUUGAAGGCAUCCAAGAAACAAAUGUGUAUGGCGUUGAAAUUCCAGGACGAGACGGUCGUGCUGGAAUGGCUGCCAUUGUGCUGAAACAAGGCGUCAAGAAUUUGAAUUGGAAAAAGUUUGCCGAACAUAUUGCAGCACAACUGCCUUCUUAUGCUAGGCCUUUGUUUGUGCGAGUGUUGCCAGAAGUACCUGUGACAGUGACGUUGAAGCAUUCUAAAGUGGAUUUGAGAAAACAGGGCAUGAAUCCAAGUGGGAUCAAAGAACCAUUAUACUUCUUUGAUGAAGCCAAGAUAGACUACAUCCCCUUCACCAAGUCAGAGUACGAACGAAUCGUAUCUGGAAACGCCAAACUUUAA